AUGAAGCUUCUGGUCGUUGUGGCUGCCGUGACCUCGCUGGUCUCGUCGGUUGCUGCUUCCACCUUGAACCCACCUGUCUUGCCUUUGAUUGUCAGAAACCCAUAUCUUUCUACCUGGCUCGGUAACGCUAGAGACAAGCCAUGGACAAAGUGGCCCAUGUUCUAUACCGGUGAAGAGAUUGGCUUCUCUGUUCUGGCCAGCGUACCUGAGACCAAACACGCCUACCCUCUGCUCGGUCGCCCUCAGGACUCUCUCGAUGGAGAUGACCACACCUACAACAUCUCUUACCCCAUCUACAAAGGCGCGCAAUACGAUGCCUCUGUGACCAACCUUACCUAUCAGAUCCCUUCGCAGAACUCGAGCUCCGACUACGUCGAGAUCGUCCUUUCUUUCCUGUCUCCAGUUACGCCUUCGUCCACUCUUCGCCAAUCGAUUCCAGCUUCGUAUCUUAGUAUCCAUGCCACAGGCAACUUCGAUGUUGACCUAUACAUCGAUCUCAACGGUCAGUGGGUCAGCGGAGACAGAGGCAGUGAGAUUGUAUGGGAGCUUGAGAAUGCCGAGACGGAGAAACUCAAGAGCUGGGUUGUCAAGAGAAGGGAUGAGCUUCUGUUCACUGAAUGGAGCGAUCGUGCCGAGUGGGGAAGCCUGAGGUUCACUGGUCCCUCGGAUGUACGCCACGAAAGUGGAACAUCGGGUGUUUUGAGAAACCGCUUCUCUCGUACAGGAACGCUUCAGAACGAGAACGACAACCGCUUCCGGAGCAUCAUGCAAGACGAACCCGUUUUCGCCUUCUCCAAGUCCUUCAACCUCGCUCCCAAGUCGAGCAGCCACAAGAAGACGUCUUCCGAGAGCGUGCUCUUCACCAUCGCCCACAUCCAAGAUCCUGUCACCCAGUAUGCCUCCGCACGAGGCCUGACUCUGAUGCGCCCUCUUUGGAAGACGUGGUUCCCCACCGAUGACAAUCUUACGUCUUUCCACUACACGGACUUCAAGAACGCUCAGAGGCUUGCACAGAACUACUCGGACCAGCUCGCCAUCGACGCAUAUCAGUCUGGCUCCGACUCUUACGUCGAUAUCGUUGCUCUCUCGGCUCGUCAGACCAUGGGAGCCACCAGUUUCUCAGGCACCCAGGAGAACCCUCUGCUCUUCCUCAAGGAAAUUUCGUCCAACGGAAACAGCCAGACCGUAGAUGUCAUCUUCCCCGCCUUCCCCUUCUUCCUCUACACUCAACCUCGAUGGCUCGCGUACCUGCUUGAGCCUCUUCUUGAGCACAUGCUUUCCGGCCAAUAUCCUAACGAUUAUAGCAUGCACGAUCUCGGCACACACUUCCCCAAUCUGACAGGUCACGCUGAUGGCAGGGAUGAAUACAUGCCAGUCGAAGAGUGCGGAGAUAUGCUUAUCAUGGGUCUUGCUCUUGUCAACUCGCUGACCUACGGCUCUGGACAAGAGGCUCAGUCAGUCUGGUCUGCCCUCGGUAGCGACCAUGUUCCUCGACCGAACGAGGCUAGUCCAUUUGCCCUAGGCACUCUCGAAAAACGUGACGAGAUGGUCGGUCUUGAUGAUCGUUGGGGUGGCUCGGCUCAAGGACUGAAGCAGGCUCGUAAGUGGCUCGAUAAGUCAUACGGCUUGUGGAAGCAGUGGACUUCGUAUCUGGUUGAGUACAGUCUGGAGCCCGAAAACCAACUGUCGACCGAUGACUUUGCUGGAUGGUUGGCUCUCCACACUAAUCUGGCCCUGAAAGGCAUCGUCGGUAUCCGGGCCAUGGGAGAGCUGGCUACAGUCAUGGACAAGAAAGAUGACGCAAAGCACUUCCGCAAUAUUUCGGACACAUACGUCAAGCGCUGGGAAGAGCUUGCCAUCUCUCGUGACGGUACUCAUGCAAAGCUGGCCUAUAAUUGGUACGGAAGUUGGACCACUCUGUACUCACUGUACGCCGACGCACUACUUUGCUUCCAUCCUUCGACAACCAAUGGCAGCAGUGCUGGAUCUGUUGGCGGUUAUGCUCAGGUGUCAGGUGGCAAGCAGGAGCCCAUUCUCGAGCCAUCGACUCAUGACUUCAUUCCGGACCAUAUCUACAAGAUUCAGUCCGACUGGUAUGCCACGGUGAUGCAAAAGUACGGGCUUCCCUUGGACUCUCGCCAUCUUUACACCAAAUCCGACUGGGAGUUCCAAGCUGCAGCCGUUGCUUCCCGCAAGACUAGAACAGAGAUCUUAGACAGAGUCUCCAAGUGGCUGAACGAGACUGUUACUGAUAGACCUUUUACCGAUCUGUACGACACAGAGGGUGAAGGCGGUUUCCCUGGUCCCAACUUCUUCGCCAGACCGGUUAUUGGUAGUCACUUUGCCUUUUUGGCUUUGGAGAGAGCUUGUGGUGGAACAGCUAUGCAGGGACUGAGCUUCCUCGAUGAGGAGUAG